CAGAGCACCCCGGAAAGAUCUGUUAGCCUCCUAUAAAACCCCUCCCACAGUCCACUGAUCUCUCCAUCGACACAGAAGCGACAGAGUGAGAUCAAGAAGAAGAAGAAGAAGAUGGAGGGGAGAGAGGAGGACGUGAGGGUGGGCGCCAACAAGUUCUCGGAGAGGCAGCCAAUUGGCACGGCGGCGCAGAGCCAGGACAAGGACUACAAGGAGCCGCCGCCAGCUCCCCUGUUCGAGGCUGGCGAACUCACCUCCUGGUCCUUCUACCGCGCCGGCAUUGCAGAGUUCGUCGCCACCUUCCUCUUCCUCUACGUUACCAUCCUCACCGUCAUGGGCGUCUCCCAGUCCUCCUCCCGUUGCUCCACCGUCGGCAUCCAGGGCAUCGCCUGGGCCUUCGGCGGCAUGAUCUUCGCCCUCGUCUACUGCACCGCCGGCAUCUCCGGCGGCCACAUCAACCCGGCAGUCACCUUCGGGCUGUUCCUGGCCAGGAAGCUGUCGCUCACCAGGGCUCUGUUCUACAUGGUCAUGCAGUGCUUGGGCGCCAUCUCCGGCGCCGGCGUCGUCAAGGGCUUCCAGAAGAGCGUCUACGAGAACAACGGCGGCGGAGCUAACGUCGUCAACGCCGGCUACACCAAGGGCGACGGCUUGGGCGCCGAGAUCGUCGGCACAUUCAUCCUCGUCUACACCGUCUUCUCCGCCACCGACGCCAAAAGAAACGCCAGGGAUUCACACGUUCCUCUUCUGGCGCCGUUGCCUAUCGGCUUCGCUGUGUUUCUGGUUCAUCUAGCGACCAUCCCCAUCACUGGCACAGGGAUCAACCCUGCAAGAAGCCUCGGGGCUGCCAUUAUCUACAACAAGAAGCACGCGUGGGAUGACCAGUGGAUAUUCUGGCUUGGACCUUUCAUCGGAGCUGCCCUCGCCGCCAUCUACCACCAGGUCGUGAUCAGGGCAAUCCCAUUCAAGAGCAGGCAUUGAAAUUUAAGCUUCCCCUUUCAUAUUUAUUACACCUCCAGCGGCUUGCUUUGUUCCUGCAAUCCAACAGUACUGUCUCACUCUGGUGAUUGUAAAACCCGUUGAAUUGCUAUGGCUAUCUGUUUGCAUUUAUUA